AUGAAGUGGCAGUGGGCAUCGGGGCUCCUCGUGGGCGCCGCUGCUGUGGACGCCUUCAAACCAGCCGAAUUUUCCUAUGAAUCCUCGGCCGCCGAGUGUAUCGAGAUUGCCAAAUCGGUGACGGGCGGAAUUAAGUACCAGUCUCCCCCGGCGGAUUCAAAGCUCAUCGCCAAAUCGAACCCGGAGAACCCAGAGGAAAACUGGGCGGUCAAAUGCUCCAGUCAGCAUAAAGGCUAUGCCUGCGAUUAUGCCAUCGAUGAUCGCGACGACCGAUACUGGCGGAGCAACCCCAGUCCCGGAGAGACUUCGGAGAUCGUCGUCGAUCUCCGCAAAGAGCACUAUGUCUCCGGUCUAACCAUGUUGCCUCACUUGGAGAAGACGAGUCGCGAGGGCCAGAUUGGCGAACACCGCAUCUAUCUCUCUCAGGACAAUCAGACGUGGGUCCAAGUCGCAUACGGGACCUGGGGAUCCAACAAGAGUCCCAAGAUGUCCGCCUUUAACCCUAAACGGGCGCGAUAUGUCAAGCUGGUCUCGGAUACCGCAGCCCUGCCCAGUAAGGCGCAGGAGGCGCACGGGCAGAUCUCGAUCGUCAACCUGAGCGUUUACGCAUACGACGGGGAGACCUACCCGGAAGACAAUCCCAGCAAGGGUGUCUGGGGGCCCACGAUCGAUCUCCCGAUCGUGCCUGUCUCCUCCGCGGUCGAGCAACACGGCGACCUCAUCAUGUGGUCGGCCUGGGCAGACGACCAGUUCUUCGCCUCGCCCGGUGGUAAGACGCUGACCAGCACCAUGAACCGUGACGGCGUGAUCACCCAGAGCACCGUCUCCGAAACCCACCACGACAUGUUCUGCCCCGGCACCUCCAUGGAUAUCGACGGCAACAUCGUCGUCAGCGGUGGUGCCGACUCCGGUCGCACCAGUAUCUACAAUGGCACCGCAUGGGUGACCGGCCCGAGCAUGGCGAUUCCCCGCGGAUAUCAGUCGUCGACCACCCUCUCCGACGGUCGCAUCUUUGUGAUCGGAGGGUCUUGGAGUGGUGGCGACAAGAUUGCCAAGAACGGCGAGGUCUACUAUCCCUUGCCUGAUGGCAAGGCCCGGUGGGAGGUACGCCCGGGGGCUGAGGUGGAACCGAUGAUGACUGACGACCGGAAGGGCCAAUGGCGGGCGGAUAACCACGCCUGGCUCUUUGGCUGGAAGAAGGCGAGUGUCUUCCAGGCCGGUCCGAGUAAGGAGAUGCAUUGGUACGAUGUCGACGACGAAAACACCGACCGCAGAGGCCGGCGGAGCGUCAGAGGUUCCGUGCACAGCGCAGGACUCCGUGGACGAGACCGCGACGCCAUGUCGGGCAGUGCGGUCAUGUACGAUGCGACUCAGGGCAAAAUCGUCACCUUUGGUGGGCAACGUCAUUACGAUGGCUCGUUGGGUUCCAAGAACGCCCAUCUCAUCACACUCGGCGAGCCCUAUCAACGUCCCGUCGUGAAGGUAGCAGGUAAAGGCCCCAACGGUCGAGGUGAGGGCGGAAUGCAUCACCCGCGUGUGUUCCACACCUCGGUGGUGCUUCCGGAUGGCACGGUCUUCAUUGCUGGUGGCCAGACCUGGGGCCAGCCCUUCCACGAAGGAAACAUCACCUACACGCCCGAACUCUACGACCCGAAGACGGACACGUUCGUUGAGCUGGGCCGCAACAACAUCAAGCGCGUGUACCACAGUAUUUCGAUGCUGCUGCCCGACGCUACCGUACUCAAUGGUGGUGGCGGUCUCUGUGGUAACUGCUCUGCCAACCACUACGACGCCGAGAUCUUCAGACCCCCCUACCUCUUCGCGGCCGACGGCACGCCAGCUGUGCGCCCGGAGAUCACCAGAAUGAUGAACGGGAACGUGCUGACCGUGGGCGGGCAGGUCGCCUUCGAGACCGACUCGGAAAUCGAGUCGGCAUCCUUAGUCCGGGUGGGAACCACGACGCAUACCGUCAACACCGAUCAGCGUCGGAUUCCCCUCAAGACCACGGAUGCCGGUGGAAACAAGUACACCGCUGACUUGCCCGCGGAAGCCGGUGUCAUCCUUCCUGGGUGGUACAUGUUGUUCGCCUUGAAUGGUGAGGGCACUCCCAGUGUGGCUCAGAUGGUCAAGGUGAAGCUGUCCGCCACUCCGAACUGGCCGAGUAACAAACCCAGCUGGGAACAGGCAGAGGAACUUGAAUCUGGGCCUAGCGAGGAUGCCCCUGAUUGCGACCAUGAGGAGGAAAUCAAGGGAAUAAUUUCCAGUCUGCUUGCCUCGUCCAGCAAGUUCUGGAAUACCUGGAAGCCUGCUCUGAUCACCCAGGCGUAA